CGCGGAGCGAAACUCCCUCUUGUUGAAGACUGAAGUGGCCCGGCGGUCGGCGGCUCUGGACGCAGGCAGACGGCGGCUACACAGACCGGCUUGUAAUGAACCACUGCGGCCUAAAUUCACACCAACCCUCCGUAGCGUAAAGCUCCCUGGAAGUUUAAACUUCGCUUCAAACUUUCGGCGGGUGCUUCUCUGUUUGAACUCGUUAAGUCGUUUGUGUGGCUGGCCUGUGAAGCGACGCGUCCGUGCCCACAUGUUCCUGCCUUGUUCCUGCUAGUUUCCAAAACAACCAGGUGAGCGGCCCGUCUGGCUUCCCCGGGGACCUGCGCAGGUAACGGGGGUUAGUUUACCUUUACGCACGCGGUGACGCACGGAUCUCUUUGACGCUCCUAUUUCGCCCUACGGCUCUCCCGCAGCCGCCGGAGAACAGCACCGGGGAGCCGCCGAGCAACCAGGACGGUUCAUGGAUCUAGCAGGAGAGAGCGAGACCCGGCGGAGGGAAGGCAGGAGGAACCCCGCGGCGCCGAACAGGAGAAAACCACCGGUGGAGACGAUGUACGCCGUCGCUAUUAUCUGCCUCCAAGUUCUGUCCAUCCCGGCCGCUGCCAUCCAGUUCACCAAGGAGCCAAAGUCCCAGGAUGCCUUGCACGGCCGCAGCGCCAUGCUACGCUGCGAGGUCAGCGAUCCGGCCGACAUCACCUACAGCUGGCGCCUGGACGAUCAGCCCCUGCAGAACAGCGAGAGGCGCUUCCAGGAAGGCAGCAACCUCAAGUUCAUCGCCGUGGACCGGCAGCUGGACGCAGGAAACUUCGAGUGCGUCGCUACGAACCCAGUCUUAGGAGAGUUUCUCCACUCCACCAAAGCCUCCUUCAAUAUCAAGUGGUUGGAAAGUGGUGGUGUGACUUUGAAGGAGCCCGCCUCAGAAGGGGAGAUCGAGAGCUCUGCACCGGUCACGUUGCGCUGUCAUAUUGACGGACACCCACGGCCAACGUGCCAGUGGUUUAAGGACGGGGUGAAGCUGACAGAGAAGAGCCAUCAGAUCAACAACAAGGAGAGGACGCUCACCUUCGACAGUGCCAGUCCGGAUGACAACGGCCUGUAUUACUGCUGUGCCAAGAAUGCAGCCGGGCACGUUUGCAGCAACAGCAACUUCACUCUCAAAAUUAUAGAUAAAAGUUUUCCACGGCCGGUGGUAACUCCAGAGGACCAGGUGGUGUUGAGGAACGAGGAGGCGGCGUUCCACUGCCAGUUCACGGCCGAGCCGGCCCCGACGAUGGAGUGGUACCACGAAAACGAGCUGCUGGCAAACAAGUCUCGUGUGAUCCUGUUAUCCAACGGCACGCUGCUGAUCACGCAAGUCAAGCCCAGGAACACGGGGACCUACAAGUGUAUCGGCCGUGGCCUCAGAGGGUCCCCCGUUACACUGGAAGCCUCCCUCCUCAUAGCUGAGAUAGACGACAUGGUGCCCAAGAUGUCCAAGGUUUUCACAUCGGACACCCUGCAGAGGGUCCCGUGUCGGGCCCCGCGUGGCAGACCCGAGCCCGAGGUCUGGUGGGAGAGAGGAGGCCAGCGGGUGCCCACGGAGGGAAGAGUGUACCAGGAUGGUCUGGAUCUGGUCUUCAGUCCCACAGAGGAAGGAGACUCGGGUGCCUACACCUGCGUAGCCCAGAACAGGGCAGGACGCAGGACCCAGGAGGUCACCUUCACCGUCGCCACUGCCCCAGUGUGGGUGAUGAGGCCUCAGGACAGCCACCUGGAGGAGGGUAAACCAGGGUACCUUCACUGUCACGCUCAGGCCAACCCUGAACCUGAAGUCACCUGGCUCCGCAACAACAUCAUGAUCACACCAGAGGACUCUCGUUUUAAGCUGUUCCCUAACGGCACCCUCAGGAUCAACAAUGUGGAGGUGUAUGACGGACUGAUGUACGGCUGUGAAACCAAAACUGUGGGCGGCAGGCUGUCUGGGCAAGCUAGAGUUACUGUGCUUGAGAAGCUGAAGUUCACCCCGACCCCCCAGCCUUCUCAGUGCCUGGAGCUGGAUAAAGAGAUCACAAUCCAGUGUUCAGCUAAAGGCAGAGAGAGCCCCACCAUCCGCUGGACCAAAGCAGACGGAGGAGAGCUGCCGCCUCGUGUGGAGCAGAGGAACGGCCAGCUCCUCUUCACUAAAGUCACCCGCAGCGACGCCGGCAACUACACCUGCAUCGCCUCCAACAGCCUGCAGGGGGAGAUCAGAGCCCUGGUGACCCUCAUAGUGGCCGUGUACGUACGCUUUAAGGUGGAGCCAGAGAAUACUACGGUGUACCAAGGACACACAGCCGUCCUGCACUGUCAGGCCACUGGUGACCCUGAGCCUCACAUCCACUGGAUGGUCAAAGACAAGACGCUGGACAUCAGUAAGAACAGGAGGUUCCAGAAGAUGCCCAACGGCUCCUUGGUGAUCACAGAUGUUACUACAGAUGACACGGGCAGAUACACAUGUGUGGCCGGAAACAGCUGCAGCAUCAAAGACCGUGUGGCUCAGCUGUAUGUAGUGGAGAAACCAAUGCCUAACUUUGAUGAGGAGGAGGACGACAAGGCUCCCUACAAGAUGAUCCAGACCAUCGGGUGGUCAGUGGGAGCAGCCGUGGCUUACAUCAUCGUAGUGCUCGGACUCAUGUUCUACUGCAAAAAGAGACGCAACGCCAAAAGACUGCAGAAAGGCCAGGACGGAGAGGAGCCGGAGAUGGAGUGUCUCAACGGAGGAGCCGUUCAACAAAAUGGACACACCACCGCUGAGAUCCAGGAAGAGGUGGCACUCACCAACAUGGGCACCAUAGCAACAACAGAGAAACGCCACAGCCACGUAAACAACGAUAAGCUCCACUUUCCCCGAGCAAACCUGCAAACCAUCACUACUUUAGGCAAAGGGGAGUUUGGUGAGGUGCUGCUGUGCAAAGCCAAGGGCAUCGAGGAGAGCGAGGAGGAGACGGUGGUGCUGGUGAAGAGCCUGCAGACCAGAGACGAACAGCUGCAGCUCGACUUCCGCCGCGAAGCUGAAAUGUUCGCCAAGCUCAGCCACCCCAACGUGGUCCGCCUGUUGGGCCUGUGCAGGGAGGCAGAGCCCCACUACAUGAUCCUGGAGUACUAUGACCUGGGAGACCUAAAGCAGUUCCUGAGAAUUUCCAAAAGCAAAGAUGACAAAGUCAAAUCUCAGCCAAUCAGCACCAAGACCAAAGUUUCCAUCUGUGCCCAGGUGGCUCAUGGGAUGGAACAUCUGUCCAAUCACCGCUUCGUUCACAAAGACCUCGCCGCCCGAAACUGCCUGAUCAACAGUCAGAGACGCGUUAAAGUGUCGGCGCUCAGCCUCAGCAAGGACGUCUACAACAGUGAGUACUACCACUACAGACAGGCAUGGAUCCCGCUGCGCUGGCUCCCCUCAGAGUCUGUGUUCGAAGACGACUUCUCCACCAAGUCUGACGUGUGGGCCUUUGGCGUGUUGAUGUGGGAAGUGUUCAGUCUCGGGGAAAUGCCGUAUACCAAACUCAACGAUGAUGAGGUGCUGGAAGGUCUGCAGACCGGGAAGCUGAAGCUGCCCGUUCCAGAAGGAUGCCCCACCAAAAUCUACAAGCUCAUGGCCCGCUGCUGGGCUCUGAGCCUCAAAGAGCGCCCCUCCUUCACCGAAAUCGUCCACGCCCUCGGAGAGCUGCCCUCUGACAGCAAAGUCUGAGACGACCAUAACCUCCCCCUCCGACACCAGAGGGGAACUCUGACCGACCCCCUUCCCCCAAAAUAAAGACAGGAAUGCUGGAUUAUUAGUCUCACACAUUUCAGGGAAGAGGGUUGAGGAGUAAAAAAAACACUUUUUUUAUAUGCAUUUCAAACAGUGGGUGUGUGGAAAAGACUUCUUUGCUAUAUCAGUGGAAACGCACUCACGUUUGUGUGAACGGCUUCGGUUGAGCAGUGCCAGGAGUUUGCCUUAACCGCAGCAUGGACGACCCUCCCUCGAGUUCCCGUCUGUGGUUCCAUUGUGACCCUGUCUGCGGCCGCUCUGUCCCAGAGACACUUUGUUUCACGGAGCCUCACAACCUCAGUGCCUGUACCCCUCCACACACACUCACCCAGACCUCCUACUGCUUUGUAGUAUAUCACAGUGCUCUCACUGGCUACCGAUCAAUACAAAAGAUUGCUCGGAAGUUUGGGAACCCCCCCCCCCCCCUUUGAAAUUGAUCCUCACUGCUCCGUCAAGUCUGAAAGAAUAUUGAAGGAAAAGUGGGACAAAAUAAGACUUCAGUGGAGCAUUAAAGCUCCAGAGAAGGUUCGAUUGUUUCAGCUGGUGUGCUUGAACUUAAAAUCCAAUCAGCUGCAUCCUGAGUCCGCCACCUUAAUCCUGGAGGAGACGCAGAGCUACACAUCACCAUCCUCCAAAGCGUGUGUGCGUAUGUGCUUGUGUGUGUGUGCCACUGAACUGUUCCCAUGCUACAGUGUACGAUCAAAGAAGAAUAGGGGGUUUUUUUGCAUGAAGGUUCGUCGUUUUACGCUUGUGAGGAAACGUGGAAAAAGUAAUCGUGUUAUGGUAACACUUCAGGAACAUGAAAAAAAAAGAUCAAGUUUAUAGCCAAGGAAUAUAUUGAAUAGAUGAGAUUGUACCAGUGUGGGGUUUGUACGUUUUUAUGAGUGUGUUCUGUUCUUGUAUUAACUUUUGAGGUGCUUAUCGGUCACGACCCAUGUGUGAGAACACAGGAACAUGUUGCAGGCAUGCAGCCUAUCAUCGAGUUUAACCUGCAGCAUCAUUUCUUCUGAGGUCCAAUCACAGUUUCCCUCCGGGUCCAAUCGUUCUGUGCAAUGUUGCAAAGUGGACCAUCACACCAGGCAAUGUGUACAUAAUGUAGAAGCCAUGCACUAACUUCACUUAAAAGAAUAUCCCUCUUUAUCUCUAUCAUGUUGUGUAGUAGGACAUGCAGGUGCCUGUUUAUUUAUGAUGAAGGUCCUGUCUUUUUUUAACUGUGUUUAUAACAGAACGGUACUUCUCUGAUGCUAUGUAUUCAUUCUCACGGUCCAUCUCGCUGUGUUCAGGCUGGUAACCAGCCAACACAAAGUACAAAGGAGGUCAAAAGAGUGACUGCUGGUCACCAGUACUCAUUUAAGUGCCUGGUAAAUGAAGGAUUAUCUAAACUGUUUCCCUCUUUUUUUUACAUUAUCUAAUCAAAUGCAAUGGCCUUUGUUUAUGGACUUGUUUUUAUACGUUGUUUUUAGUGUAAUGUUUUGUUUUUAUGAAUGCUAGGCACUCACACCUAGACCCCUUUUUUAAUCUGCUUCAGCAAAUGUUCACAGUAAUCACAGAUAUAUACAAAAGUAUACAUGCUGCUGUCAAUAAAGGUUCACAGUGUUUUUA